GUUGGAUAUUGGAACUUAGAUGCAUAGUAUAGGGACCAUUUGUGUACAAUUCGCAAUAGCAAUAAAAUGCAAAGAUGGGGUUCGUUUCAAAUGCAUCCGAUCAGAAUCGGAAAAAAGAAAACUCCUCAAACUCCAUCGUUCCUUCUUUCCCCUCUCAAUUCUCCGUAAUCGCAGACAAACUCACUGCCGAUUCGCUCACAAUCCUCAACCCUAUAAAAAGAAACUCCAAAUUAUCAAAUUUCCCCCCUUUUACAACCCUAAUUCACCUUCUUACAAUCUUGUAUACAUGGUUACUGAUAGCUCCCCCAAUUUCGACGAUGGAGCUGACAUUUUCUCUCCAAUGGUGCCAAGUGAAAGUGAUUCCAUGGUGAUAAAGAGAAAAGAAAUGACAGGUCUUGAGCUCGAAGGGAGCAGAAGGAAGAAAAAGAAGAAGCAAAGUGGUACACCUCGUCCUGCUUGCUCUUGGGUACAUUUUAGCCGUGAAUUCAUCAAGGAGUACAGUGCUUCACAUCCCGAAUCUUCUGGUCUGAAAGUUGCAACAAGAGCAGCUUCAGAUGCAUGGAAAGUGAUGACUUUAGAAGAAAAGUCAAAAUACACGAAACGUGCACGUGAAGUGUGGGAUGACUACUUGAGUUCCGCACCUGCUCGUGAACCUAAACCGAGAAAACAGGCAAACUUAGUGACUCGGUGUUCUCCCGGACGGUUAGUCAACGUGUUGAAACACUUUACCGUUGACCAAAAAGAAGCGGUAAAAAGCAUGGGUUUCGGUAGUCUUCUUGACCUCAAAUGUAGAACCUUAAGACGCAGUCUAUGCCUAUGGCUUCUAGAAAGAUUCAACACAAUACGACGUAGUUUAGAGAUUUGUGGUGAAAGAAUCCCAUUAUACCCUCACGAUGUUGAACUUGUAAUGGGAUUACCAGCAUCCGGAAAAGAUGUGGUCAACUCGGGACCCGAUGACUUAGUUGCAGAAUUAAGACAAAAAUAUAACGCAUCAAAUCGAGGGAUUUCGGUUAGGUUUCUUGAAGAAAGAUUAGGGCAACCGGAAGCAGGAGAUGAUUUCAAAAGGGCGUUUCUUUUAGAGGUGUCAAGGUUUAGACAAGGGAAACAAAGAGCAGUUGGAGGGUGUCUUUUGUUUCUUCAGAUUUUUUACUAUGAGUGUGUUGCGAUUGGAGGGAGUUGUGAACCAGGUCCUGUUGUUGUUCCAUGUUUAUCGUUGUGGACAGAGGAAGCUAUUUCUGAGAGAGAGAAACAGGAGAAAGAGCUUGGUGGUUAUGGAUGUGGAGAGGUGAUAUGCAAGGAGAGAGGUCUUGGGUUGGGAUUAAUAAAUGACAGGGAUCAUGUUGAUGUCCUCCCAUUAAGAGAAGUCGCUGUUAGAGUUAACCGUGGUACUCUUGUUCGACAAGAAGAAAAUCUGGAAAACGUACCGUUUGCAUACAAGAACGAGAACACGCCACCUGUCCGAAUCGACAACUACACCUACAAAAACACACUAGAAUACACACACACAAAUCGCAACAUAUACGGAUCCCAAACCACAUGCCCUCUUCUAAACUGCAACUUCACAGGAUUAUUCACAGAGUUAUCAAAUCAUUUCACCACCAAACAUUGGGAUUCUGGAAGGCGAUUCCAAUAUUCCUCCCCAUUACCAGUGUCAUUAGGAAUGGAUGAAACCUUCCUUGUUCUUCAAGCAGAAGAAGAUGGAGCUCUUUUUUUACUCAAUAAAGGAACCGAAAACAUCGGACAUACGGUUAUGGUAACGUGUAUUGGCCCGAGUCACAGUAAUGAGCGAUUCCAUUACUGUCUAGUAUCGGAAAGAGGGAAUAGUACAUUGCGGUUGAAAUCCUUCACACAGACUCUUCCUGGAAGGGUUGAAGGAAUUCCACCUUCGGAUUUUCUUUUGGUGCCUUUUGGGUAUUUGAAUUCGUCUGGAGAAUUGAAUUUGGAGGUUUGUAUAUGGAAUCCUUCGGAUUUAGCUGAAGUUUGAUUAAAAGAAAGAAAAAAAAAGUUAUUUUUUCGAGAGGAAUCGACUUUUUUAACCAUUGUUUGAGGUUAUGAAAGUUGGUUGCUCUGUUUUUUUUUAAUGGGAUUUAGGAAGUGUAUGUAGUAGGAUAUGAAUAUGAUGGUGAAAGAAUGUGGUUUCUUUUUAUAAGUUUGAGGUUAUUUUUGUUUAUGUUAUAGUAAUAGAACAUAUAUAUAUAAGUGAUGUAAGUUUUUUUUGAAUAUAUG